AUGACAAACCGUCUUCUCAUAUACGGGCUUAUUUUGUGGGCUAGUAUAAUCGGAUCCUUCGCAUUAGACAGGAACGAAACUGACCAAGAUACCAAGAUAGAUCUACACAAUGCCACCGUGAUCACUGAUCGAGGUACAACGAAUGCACAGAAAGAAGGCUCAUCACCGCUAUCUACCGGUUCUUUAAGAGGCCGUGAUUUUGGACAGGCUACUAGAGUUGAGAUACGGCAGGCUAAAGUACGAGAAGGCGAUGGGAGGGAAGAGCAAAGCGUACUGACGCAACCUGCAAGCUCAAUGAACCCCAGCCUUUCGAGUAACUCAUUUUUGUCGUUUGAUGAAUGGAAGAAGGUUAAGUCGAAGGAACACUCAACAGGCCCUGAUCGUCAUCUUAGUCGCAUGAGGGAGCCAAUCGAUCCAUCCUGUUAUAAAGAAAGAGAAUGUAUAGGAGAAGAAUUAGAAAUAGAUUUAGGGUUUCUGACUAACAAAGAUGAAUGGAGUGAAGGAGGAGAAGGGUUUCAAAAAAUUUUUAAUGACGAAGAGGAUAUAAGAAAAGUAUACAAGAAACAAUUUAACUACGCAUCUUUAGAUUGCGCUGCAACCAUUGUAAAAAGCAACUCAGAAGCAAUUGGUGCUACUUCUAUCUUGAUUGAAAGCAAAGAUAAGUAUUUGCUGAAUCCCUGUUCAGCUCCGCAGCAAUUUGUUGUUAUAGAGCUUUGCGAAGAUAUUCUAGUUGAGGAAAUAGACAUUGCUAAUUACGAAUUCUUUUCGUCAACUUUCAAGAAAUUCAGAGUAUCAGUUUCUGAUAUAAUGCCGGUGGUUAGGAACGAAUGGACAAUAUUAGGGGAGUUUGAAGCAGAGAAUUCAAGAGAACUACAAAAGUUUCAAAUUAAUAAUCCUCAGAUCUGGGCAAGCUACCUCAAAAUUGAAGUAUUAUCUCAUUAUGAUGAUGAAUUUUACUGUCCCAUCUCUUUAAUCAAAGUAUAUGGUAAGACCAUGAUGGAUGAAUUCAAAAUCGAUCAACUCAAAGCCCAAGAGGAUAAAGAGCAUCUUCUAGCAGUUAAAAGCAUAAACAAUUUGGAUGAAGAAAGUAUUCCAGAUGAAUGUAAAAACGUGGGAACACAUUUAGAAACUCUGAAUACAAGUGCCGUGUCAGAUAUAACUGGGGUAUUAUCAUGUACGUCUAAGCUUAUUCCCUUGAAAUUUGAUGAAUUUUUCAAGGAGGUCGGCGCUUCCUUUUGUCCCCCCAAACAGAUAUCAUCAUCAUCGCCAUCUUCUGCUGUUCCUGUAAUCCCAGAAGAAUCUAUCUUCAAAAACAUUAUGAAAAGAUUGUCUCAACUGGAGACCAAUUCCAGUUUAACAGUUUCUUACAUUGAAGAACAAAGCAAAUUACUAUCGAGAUCAUUUGAACAGCUUGAAAUUGCUCAUGAGGCAAAAUUCGGUCAUCUUGUCACGAUGUUUAACGAGACAAUGAUGAAUAAUUUAGAUCUGCUGAAUAACUUUGCUAAUCAACUAAAAGACCAAUCAUUACGUAUAUUAGAAGAACAAAAACUGGAAAAUGACAAAUUUACCAAUCGUCAUUUACUACAUUUAGAAAGAUUAGAAAAGGAAGUGAGUUUUCAAAGAAGAAUUGUUUAUGCAUCAUUUUUCGCUUUUGUGGGGUUGAUAUCUUAUCUAUUAAUAACAAGAGAGCUCUACUUCGACGAUUUCGAAGAAAAUAAAAACGAUAAUAUCAGAAAAGUAGACAUUGUCCAGCAAGCCAUCAAAUGA